AUGGAUCGGCUGCCAGAAUUUGCAGCAUUCGAUUAUGCCGAUAAGGCCGACGCUGGACCGAAAUGGGAAAAAUGGAUCCGACGUUUGGAGCUUUUGUUUACCGGCAUGAACAUCGACGACAACGGGCGUAAGCGCGCCCUCCUUCUUCACUACGCAGGAGAAAGCGUGUUUGAUAUCUACGAAGCAGAGAAGGGAGACACAGCGCCCAAUUAUGCGGCCACAAAGCAAAUAAUUCAGAAUUGUCGCUCUAACAGACUGAGGCGAAGAGCGCUGCGGGAGCCUGACAUGAACUUAAAAACACUCCUAGAUCUAAGUCGUGCCCUCGAGGUUGCUGAGACUCAAGCGCUAACAAUGGAGGCCCAGAACGAACGUAACAGUGUAAACGCGAUGCAGAAGUCAUCUGGCAAACACCGAAGCCGCAACCCGAGAAGUAAAGAACAAGUGACAAAAAGUGAAAGCACUAUUGACAAACCAUGCGGAAAUUGUGGACUUGCUCACGCACGCACGUCAGUUUGCCCAGCGAAGGGACAGCAGUGUAGAUUCUGCAAGAAACUUAACCAUUUCCAGAGAGUGUGCAGAGCCAAGAAACGCGCGUCAGGACAACACAGCAAUUUCAAACAUGUGCGCGAAGUUGAUUUCCGGCAUGAGGCUGAGUCAAGUGAAGAGGAAUAUAUGUACUCGAUUAAUGGCAAAAAGGGACCUCAGAAAACUCUUAAAGUAAACGGUGUGUUGUGUGAUUUUCUCUUGGACACUGGUGCAUCUGUCAAUGUGUUAGAUCAGACUACACAUGUGAAAAUCGGUAGCCCGAAGCUUAAGAAAGAGAGCCAUCCGGCACUUGUACCCUAUGGCGGAGGAAAACAAUUGACUGUGUUUGGAAGCUGCCAGCUAAAAAUCGAGUGGAAAGGAGUCGUACAAUUGCACAAAUUCUAUGUUGUGAAAGGCAAUUAUGGAGCCCUCCUAGGGUAUCAAACAUGUAUGUCGUUUGGACUUGUUCAAGUUGUUCACCAACUGUCCCCUAUUGCUGACAGAUACCCUGACCUGUUCGUUGGUAUAGGGAAACUCAAAGACAGAACUGUGCGAAUUCAUGUUGAUGAGUCUGUGAAACCCGUAGCCCAACGUAGUCGUCGAACACCAUUUCAUCUCAGACCGAAAGUAGAAGCUGAACUUCAGAAACUUUUGGACGACGACAUUAUAGAGCGAGUGAAGGAUGAGCCUACACCCUGGAUUUCCCCUAUAGUUUGUGUUCCUAAGAAGAAUCCGGAAGAAAUCCGUGUUUGCGUUGACAUGCGAGAGGCCAAUAAAGCCAUUAUCAGAGAGCGUCAUCUCAUGCCCACCAUAGAUGAGCUUAUUCACGACUUAAAUGGAGCAGCGGUGUUUUCCAAACUGGAUCUUCGACAGGGCUAUCACCAGUUGGAAUUGGAACCUGCUAGUCGCUCGAUCACAACAUUCAACACACAUGUUGGAAUAUUUAGAUACAAGCGCCUCAACUUUGGAGUGUCCGCUGCCUCUGAAAUUUUUCAAGAGACAAUCCGUAGUGUUAUCCAGGGAGUACGUGGAGCAAAGAACAUAUCAGAUGACAUUCUGGUGUUUGGCAAAACUCAAGAGGAUCAUGACGCCGCCUUGACGGAAACUUUCAAAGCGCUUCAGGACAGUGGACUAAAGUUGAAUCGUCCCAAGUGCGAGUUCAAUACAGAUCGAAUCACCUUCUUUGGACUAGUAUUUAGUAAGGCUGGUAUCUCACCUGAUCCUGGGAAAGUCACAGCGAUUCGAGAACGCAGCAACCGUCAAACGUUACUGAACUGA